GUUCCCCCACCACUUGCACCACCCACUACCCCAUCACUGCCGCGACACAAUGGGUUUCUGGAACGGCCUCCACAUCAAGGUCCUCAACAUCGCGGCGUUCGCGCUCGGCCUCAGCUCCAACGUCUACACUGUCGUCGGCCCGAACGGCACCUACGGCGACGGCAAGGAGACGUACGUCACGCCGUCCGACUACGCCUUCUGGAUCUGGACCCUCAUCUACCUUCUCCUCCUCGGCUUCAUCUUCUUCCAGUUCACGACUCCCGGCGAGCAGAUCAUUGUCGAGGCCAUCGCGUACCGCUUUGCCUUCCUCGUCACGCUCAACUCGAUCUUCCUCUUCCUCUGGUCCCGCGGAUGGUACCUCUCGGCCUUUGUGUUUAGCUUGCUCCUCGCGGCGAGCGUGAGCCAGGUCUACUAUAUCAUCAAUCGAGACCACUCGCGCCGCGACGGCUGGGGCACUGAGUUGUUCGUCCACCUCCCCUUCUCGCUGUACCACGGCUGGACCAUUGUCCUCAUCGUCAUCGCCCUCUUCCAGGCGUUCGGCGUCGACUCGAGCAUCUCCAAGGCCGGCUUCUGGACCAAGUUCUUUGUCUUCCUCGCCUUUGUCUUCCUCGAGUCGACGGCUGCGGGUUACGCCUUUGCCACGGCGCAGGGUGACCCCGCCGGUGCCUCGGUCAUCGCCUGGGCCCUCUUCUCCAUCUUCAUCCACCAGGAGGUUCCCUUCAUUCGCUGGUCGGCCUUUGCCUUCUUCAUCCUCUCGCUCUUCGCCAUUCUCAAGGCCCUCUACUCGUCGUGGCGCACUGGCUCGAACAUCCUCCACGAUGACGAGCGCGCCCCUCUUAUUGCCGGCGAGGCCUAAUCUACCUCCCACUCUCCCCAUCCGAUCCUGUUACGAAUCGUCACGAGCUCCCACGCAAGGCUUCCCGAGUCUAACGCUUAAUCCGUCGCUGGGCAGUGUCAAAGUGAAGGCGAAGUCGAAGUCGAAGAAAUGAAAGAUGCACUGAAGUGAAGGCGAA